GCACUAAGCAUACGCUGCAGGCACAAUCCAUCCUCAUUUCUGCAGAAGAAGUGGAAUCCCGCCCACUGUACGGAUGCCGCAUUAAAAUUGGCCGCGCUUGCGCGUUGACGUUCCUUUUUUUCUUGGAAUGCCCCUUGUUUAGAUCCCCAUCAUGGCAGAUCCAGAUCUUGAUUUCACCAGCGGAGAUGCCGGGGCUUCUGUCACCUACCCCAUGCAGUGCAGUGCCCUGCGCAAGAACGGGUUCGUGGUCCUGAAGGGUCGCCCCUGCAAAAUUGUUGAAAUGUCUACUUCUAAGACUGGCAAGCAUGGUCAUGCAAAGGUUCACAUGGUUGGAAUUGACAUUUUCACAAAUAAGAAGUAUGAAGAUAUCUGCCCCUCCACCCACAACAUGGAUGUGCCUAACACCAAAAGAAAUGACUACCAGCUGGUUGACAUCAGUGAGGGAUUCCUCUCUCUUAUGAUGGACAACGGUGAUGUGCGCGAGGACCUGCGUGUGCCAGACGGUGACCUGGGCAAAGAAAUCGAAACCAAGUUUGCAGCUGGUGAAGAGAUGUUGGUUACUGUGCUUUCAGCUAUGGGCGAAGAAUCUGCAGUGGCUGUCAAACCCAUGACCAAAUAGGAAGAAAGACUGGGCUGCUCAGGCUGCAACAUGCUACACUUUAACAAAUCUCUUGCAUUUGUUUCUUUGGUUUUAUUUGUCACCAAAGCUAUGGCCUUCACAAGCAACCUCACAUUUUUGUUGUGAUUUGUAUUCCUUUUUUUCUUCCGAUACUGUGCUGGACUUGUCGGGUCAGUUGGCAUUCUUUAGGGUAAGAAGUUUAUUAUUGGCAGCGUUUACCCCUCGACCUCCCCCAUUUCACUUUUUUUUUUUUUUUUUUUCUUCUUCUCUCAAGGUUUUACCACUUGCAUUCCUGAAUGUUAAAAAAUCGGAUCCAUUUUCCGUUUUAGUAUUCUUGAAUUUCUUAAUAGUAACUAGUGUGCAGGAUUUAUGCAACUUGUUGUGAAGAGAGGAAACCCCAACUGACACUGAACUUUUUUUUCUCUCCCUCUUUGGUAGCCAUACUUUUACUUUUCUCCUUACAUGAUCUAUGCCAUGCUGGCACUGUGGUUAAUUUAUCUCAAUUGAAUGCCAUCGCCCCCCCCCCCCCCCCCCCCCCCCCCCCCCCCAAAGUGAGCUGCACACUGGUAGUUGGCACCUCCUUGUUCUUGCAGUACUUCGAGUACCUUCUCAAGUAAAAACCGCUGUGACUGAGAAAUAAACUCCAGUGAAAUGUUCUCAUAAAUGACAGUCUCUAAUUGUUCAGAAGUGGAAAGGAUGUGAUGGCCAUGUGCGAAUAUCUCUGUAACCCAAAAUAGCAGCCAGCUUGAUUUUGGCUGUCAGUGACGACAUUAAAUAAAGUGUUGAAGCCUG